AUGGGCUCGGACAAGCGGGUGAGCAGGACGGAGCGGAGCGGCCGCUACGGCUCCAUCGUGGAGAGGAGGGAGCGGGAGCGCAGGAACAGUGACAAAUCAGAAGAUGGAUACCAUUCCGAUGGCGACUAUGGAGAGCACGACUACAGGAACGACAUUAACGAUGAGAAAGAAAGCAAAACUAUCAUGUUACGAGGCCUUCCCAUCACGGUUACAGAGAACGAUAUUCGGGAGCUUAUUGAGUCCUUUGAAGGUCCUCAGCCUGCAGACGUGAGGCUGAUGAAGAGAAAGACAGGUGUAAGCCGUGGUUUCGCCUUCGUGGAGUUUUAUCACUUUCAAGAUGCUACCAGCUGGAUGGAAGCCAAUCAGAAAAAGCUGGUGAUUCAGGGGAAGCAGAUUGCGAUGCACUACAGCAACCCCAGGCCUAAAUUUGAGGACUGGCUUUGCAACAAGUGCUGCCUUUACAACUUCAGAAGGAGACUAAAAUGCUUCCGCUGUGGAGCGGACAAAUUCGAUUCAGAACAGGAGGUGCCGCCUGGAGCAGCAGAAGCCGUUCAGUCUGUGGAUUAUUACUGUGAUACCAUCAUUCUCCGAAACAUUGCUCCUCACACAGUAGUGGAAUCCAUCAUGACUGCCUUGUCUCCGUAUGCGUCUCUGGCAGUCAAUAAUAUUCGUCUUAUCAAAGACAAGCAGACUCAGCAAAAUAGAGGCUUUGCGUUUGUGCAGCUGUCUUCUGCCAUGGAUGCUUCUCAACUGCUGCAGAUUUUACAAAGUCUUCAGCCACCAUUAAAAAUUGAUGGCAAAACAAUUGGUGUUGAUUUUGCAAAGAGUGCCAGAAAAGACUUGCUUCUCCCAGACGGUAACAGAGUCAGCGCCUUCUCUGUGGCAAGUACAGCCAUUGCUGCAGCUCAGUGGUCGUCCACUCAGCCACAGACUGGAGAAGGCAGCACCCUUGACUACAGCUACCUCCAGUCAGGACAGGAUGGCUACACGCAGUAUGCUCAGUACUCCCAGGAUUAUCAGCAGUACUACCAAAAUCAAGGAGGAGUGUUGGACACAGACACAGCUACCAUAUCAGGCGCUCCGGUCACUACCACCACAGCUGCAGUUGUGUCCCAGAGUCCUCAGUUAUAUAAUCAACAGACAAACUCACCUGACUCUCCGACACAAUCAGCACCAUCUACCACUAGCACUCAGGCACAGACGGCUCCCCCGACUGGUGUAGUCCCUGGAACCAAGUACGCCGUCCCUGACACUUCCACCUACCAAUAUGAUGAAUCUUCAGGAUAUUAUUAUGAUCCUAUAACAGGGCUCUACUAUGAUCCUAAUUCCCAGUAUUACUACAAUGCCUUAACCCAGCAGUACCUUUACUGGGAUGGCGAAAAGGAGACCUACAUGCCUGCUGCAGAAGGUAUCGCGUACCAACAGACAGCUACCACAACCACCACCAAAGAAGUGAAGGAGAAGAAAGAGAAGCCUAAGAGUAAAACAGCUCAACAGAUUGCUAAAGACAUGGAGCGCUGGGCAAAGAGUUUGAACAAGCAGAAAGAGAACUUCAAGAAUAGCUUCCAGCCACUGAGCACCAGGGAGGAGGAGCGGAAAGAGUCGGCGGCUGCAGAUGCAGGCUUUGCCCUCUUCGAGAAAAAGGGAGCUCUGUCUGAGAGACAGCAGAUCUUGCCAGAGGUGAUGAAAAAUGGGGACGAUGAAAAUCCGCUGAAGCGUGGCCUCGUGGCUGCCUACAGCGGUGAUAGCGAUAACGAUGAGGACUUACUGGAGAGAAUGGAGAAUGAGGAAGAGAAGCUGACUGACUGGAAGAAGAUGGCCUGUCUGCUGUGUAGAAGGCAGUUCCCAAACAAGGAUGCUCUGAUUCGGCACCAGCAGCUGUCUGACUUGCACAAGCAAAACAUGGAUAUCUAUAGGAGAUCAAAGCUUUCAGAGCAGGAGCUUGAAGCCUUGGAGCUGCGUGAGAGAGAGAUGAAAUACAGAGACAGAGCAGCUGAGAGGCGGGAGAAGUACGGCAUCCCAGAGCCCCCCGAGCCGAAGCGCAAGAAGGUCUAUGACGCUGGCACAGUUAAUUACGAGCAGCCCACCAAAGACGGCCUCGACAACAGUAACAUAGGCAACAAGAUGCUGCAGGCCAUGGGCUGGAGGGAAGGCUCGGGCUUGGGAAGAAAAUGUCAGGGCAUUACAGCGCCCAUCGAGGCGCAAGUACGAAUGAGAGGAGCUGGCUUGGGAGCCAAGGGCAGCUCCUACGGCGUCUCCACUGCAGACUCGUACAAAGACGCGGUGCGGAAAGCCAUGUUCGCUCGCUUCACGGAGAUGGAGUAACGCGCUCUGGCCCGCAAAGCGCUCGUUAGCCAGAACUGACUGUUAAACUCUGUAGCCUUGGUGGCCUGGCUGUAUUGUGGUUAUGGUUUAGAGUUGACCAUUUCAUUCCCUUGGACUUUUUUCCUUCUCGGCAUGUAACGCUUCCACGAGCAGAUUGUCCGAACUGCCCCAACCUCAUGCU